GCUGAGUUAGAAAUCCUCUUACACCCCCCGGCCCCGGUCACAUGACCUGGGUGGUCUGCGGUCAGACAGGAGGUGAGAUGGGCUUCACUUUAACCCCCUCGUCAGAGAGACGGACAGACGUAGCUGGUCAGUCAACCUGAUAGGUCUCCUCUAACCAUUGAGGUCCUCAUUCUAACCAGUUCGCCUGUGAGCUGAACCUCUUCAUGAAGAUAGGUGUCCUCUAACCUCUGAGCUCCUCCACCAUGCCGCUCCAGAGGGAGAUCCUAGAGGAGGUGUGGACAGAGAACAGGUUUCAGGACGAGGCCGGUUCGUCCUCCUCAGACCGGCCACAGAAGAAACCAAAGAAGAAGAAGGAAGUGACCAAUGGCGUGCCAGAGGCCGAGUCCAACGGGGCGGAGGCCAAACCCAAGAAGACCAAGAGCAAGAAGAGCGAGGAGGCGUCUGGAGACGAGGGACUCGCCGCACAGAAAGAUGAGAAGAAGGUGAAGAAGAAGAAGCCGGAGAAGGAGAAGGAGAAGGAAAAGGAGAAGGAGAAGGAGAAGGAGGACCCGGAGAAGAGCAAGGAGCCAAAGAAGAAAGCCAAGAGCGUCCCGAAGAAGAAAAAGAGUUCGGACACUGAGGAUGACGAGGAGGAGGAGGAAGAGGAGACGCCCAAGAAGAAGACGAAGAAGAAGACGACGAAGGACAGCUCGCCGCCCUCAAGCACCACCAAAGAGAAGAAACCCAAAUCCAAAGAUGAGAAAGACUCUGAGGGGAAAGAUAAGAAGUCUAAAUCAAAAGACAAAGAUAAGAAGAAGGAGCCAGCCGCCUUGUUCCAGAUAAACGGAGACAAGGACGCCAAGAGCAAGAAGAAAGCUGCUCAGUCAGACAGCGACGACAGCGACGAGACAACAACCAAGGCCAGCAAGUCUAAGAAGAAGUCCAGUGCCGGAGCAGCAUCGCUGUUCCAGACGGCCGAGAGCAAGGACAAGGACAAGGACAAGGACAAGAAGACCAAGAAGAAAGGAAAAGCCGAAGAGAGCGAUGAUUCCGACUCAGAGAAAGAAGAGAAGUCCAAGAAGAAGAAGGGAAAAGGGAAGAAGAAGAAGGAGCGAGCUCCGUCCCCGGAGAUAGAGUUCGACGACCUGGAGGAGUUUGUGAAUCUGCCGGCUCCGCAGGGGCAGACGGUAAAGUGCCGACUCACCCGGGACCAGCGGGGGAUGGACAAGAGCAUGUACCCCACCUACUACCUCCACCUGGACAACGAGAAGAAGGUAUUCCUGUUGGCGGGUAGAAAGCGUAAGAAGUGUGGAACCUCCAACUACCUAAUCUCCAUCGAUGCCACAGACUUAUCGAGAGGCGGGGACAAUUUUGUCGGAAAAUUGCGGUCUAAUCUGAUGGGGACCAAGUUCACGGUGUUCGACAACGCACUGAACCCAGAGAGGGCUCUCCCAGACUUGUCCAACGCACGCCAAGAGAUGGCCGGCAUCAUCUACGAGACCAACGUGCUGGGGAUGAAGGGUCCGAGGCGCAUGACCAUCAUCAUCCCCGGGAUGGACAAGAACUGCGAGCGGGUCGCCGUCCGGCCACGCAACGAGUACGACGGGCUGCUGAUCCGGCACCAGAACCGGCGGAUGGAGAACCUGAUCGAGCUGCACAACAAGACCCCCGUGUGGAACGAGGAGUCCUCCUCCCACGUGCUCAACUUCAACGGCCGCGUCACCCAGGCCUCCAUCAAGAACUUCCAGGUCGUCCACAGCAAGGACCUGGAAUACAUCGUGAUGCAGUUCGGCCGCAUCGCCGACGACAUCUUCACGCUGGACUUCAGCUACCCCAUGUGCGCCGUUCAGGCCUUCGCCAUCGCCCUGUCCAGCUUCGACGGGAAGAUCGCCUGUGAAUAGGGCCGGACUCGCUCUGCCCCCCAGGGGCCCGGGCCUCGCUCGGGCCCCCAGGGGCUCGGGCCUCGCUCGGGCCCCCAGGGGCCCGUGCCUCGCUCUGCCCCCAGGGGCUCGGGCCUCGCUCGGGCCCCCUGCCCACUCGCAGCACAGACACGCUUUUCAGACCCCGGGCAGCAGGCUGUCGGUGGAGGUGAUGGAGGAGCUCAGACCGCUCUGCUGUUCCCCCGCUCCAACGGUGCCUGGCUCGGGGGGCGCGGGUCAGGGGGAGGAGUGGAGGACGGUUGGGCCUCCGAGCGGAGCUCCACGGUGGACGUUGCCUUCUUUUGGAGCGCAGAGAAGUUUAAAGGCUGCUCUGUAGGAACACUGUGAUGGUGCUCAAAGGGGGCGGGACUCACUCAAGCAGUAGUAGACAGGAGUAGACAGAAGUAGUCGAUCAAGAUGUGGUUACUUAAUUAAAGACGAACGGAUCAAACAGGCAGUCAUAAAACAAGUCGUCAUGGCUUCUAUUGUUUGCUGUUGUUUCUUUGAUUCCGCACGGCAGCAGAAGCUGUCAAUCUGUAAUUAGCGCCUGACGUGGAAAACCCCAGAGCGAUCGCCCCGGACCGUAGACAAACACAACCGUCCUCUUACAAAGUAGCUCAUUUAGCAAUGUCUUACUAGGAUAAAGGCUCUGGAAAGGUUUGAACUUUGCAGCACAUUUUCUCUGUGUUCUGUAAUGGUUUAUGUGUAGGUUUCAGAAACCCACGAGAACUACAGAUUAGUUUAGGCCUGAAUGUCCUGUACGCAGUCAGUCCAAAAGUACCAAGUCUUAAAGUGUCUCUAACCCUUCUUCUUUCCCUUCACCUGUUCCUUUGACCUUUUUGUAUCUCAUCAUUUCUUACGAGGAGCGUUUUGUACGGUUUAUUGUCCGACGCCGAUGUCUGAUGAUGAUGAAUGUGUAGCCAUGACUUUCCACCCUUUCACCUCAUUCACUUGUUAAUGAGCUCACUGUGAUGAAUGGGGCCCAUUAGCCCCUCUAAAUAAAGACCAACCGUACGUGUAGCAUGAAUAAACUCCUAACAGCUGUCCACAA